CCUCGCCGCGACGAGAUGGGCAGGAAGCUGGACCUCUCCAAGCUCACCGAUGAAGAAGCCAAGCAUGUCUGGGAGGUCGUUCAGCGGGACUUUGAUCUGCGGAAAAAAGAGGAGGAACGGCUGGAGGAGCUGAAAUGCAAGAUCGACCAGGAGAGCAGCAAGAGAGAGUUCCUGACCAGUCAGUCCCACCUCAACGAAACUCACUGUGUGCACUGCCUGCAGCCCUUCAAGUUCCUGCUGAACAGCAAGCGGCAGUGCCUGGACUGCCGCUUCUACACCUGCAAGAACUGCAGCCGCUACAACAAGAAGGAGCAGGGCUGGGUCUGCGAUCCCUGCCGCCUCUCCAGGAUCGUGAAGAUCGGCUCCCUGGAGUGGUACUACGAACACGUGCGGUCCCGCUUCAAGAGGUUUGGAAGUGCCAAAGUCCUGCAGUCCCUCUAUGGCAGGCUGCAGCCGGGCCAGGGGCUCAACUCUGCCUUUCUGGGUCUUCAUGACAGAGUUUAUAGCCUGCCAGACAUUAACAGAGAGUGCCAGCUGCUCAGCAGCUGUGACGCCGGGGAGGACAGCGAUGAGGAAGACAAUGUCCUUCGUGGGGCUGAAGCAGAGUGCUACAGCAGGAUGUGCAAGACAAAGCGGCUGCUGUCUGUGCACCCCUUUGAUUUCGAACUGGACUCGGAUUACUCUGCUCAGUCUCGCCGCCAGUCUGUGCAGCUCUCUCCAGCAGCCAGCAGCCCGGAUGCUUUCCAGUCCUUCCCAGAUUUCCCCAACUCAGCUGAAGAUGGCUCCCAGGAGUCCAGGAUCACGGAUGCAGACCUGGUGUUCCACCAGGUCCUGCAGGAGCCGGGGGUGAGCGUUCCGGAGCAGCACUUCAGCACCGAGGUUCGGCUCACUGUCAACGCACGGAGGAGGAGCCUGGAAAGAAACCCAAAGCCUGGCAUCCCCUGGAACGAGCCGCCCCGGGCGCGGUACUCGGCCGACAUGGACACCUCCGACGAGGACGUGAGGGGAGCCCAGCUCCCACCCCAUGCCACCAAACGCAGGAACAGAGCCUCCUCCCAGGAGAACAUCAGCCACUCCUCCAACCAGAUCCAUGAGCUCAACACUCGCAUGUCCGCAAUCGAGCGCGUGCUGAACCGCUUGGAGGAAAAAAUCCUGACGCGCCCUGACGAGUCUCCUGUCCCAGAGUCCCACACUGACCCCGAUGCUGAGGAGGAGGAGCUGAAGAGGAAGCUGGAGGAGUUAGCCAGCAACAUCAGUGAUAAAGAAGUCUCCUCUGACGAGGAGGAGCGUGAAGAAGAGAAGAGAGCAAAGAAACCAGAGCUGAGUUCCUCCAGAGAGGCCAUGGCCAGGGAUGUUCGAAAGAGGUCGUCGGCUCAGGCUUUGAGUGAGAUCACGGCCAAAGUGCUGAGAGCCAUAAACGCCACGGAGGAAGCGGUGUGGGAGUCGGUGCAUGGACAGAGCCAGGGCUGGGCCCUCCCUGCUGGGCAGCUUCCAGGCCUGGCAGAUGGGAAAGAGGUGGCCGAAGUGUACCAGGAGCUUGAGGAAAAUGUGUACCUGACUGCUGGAAAGACCUACCAGCUUGAGAAGACCCUGAAGGAGCUUGAGGAAGGGGCUCAGCACAGCGGCACUACCGACUCGGAGCUGUCGGAGCUGGAGGACAAAGUGGCCUCAGCAGCUGCUCAGGUGCAGCAGGCAGAGAGUGAGAUAUCGGAUAUCGAAUCCCGAAUUGCAGCCCUGUCUGCUGCAGGGCUGACAGUGAAGUCUGUGGAAAAGGCAAAGAAGAAGUCGAGUGUGCAGGCUGCCUGUCUCCCUUCUCCUGCUCCUGCCAGCAGCAGUCCUGGGGAGUCUCUGGAUGACAUUAAAGCAAUGCCCGGACUGCAGCGGUUCAGGAGGAAGUUCAACAGUCCCCUGGAAAUCACCAGUUUUGACGACUCCUUUGAGCGCAACUCGGCGUACCGCGGCUCGCUGACGCAGAGGAACCCCAACGGCAAGAACAGGAGGGUGGAGCGGCUCUUUGCGAAGCCUGUGAUGACUCACCUGUCCUGA